CCCUUACUCCUAUCAUUCAAAUCACAAGAAACUCAGGAAACCCAAAAGCAAUAAACUAAAAAAAACACUAAUCCUAAAGUCUCUCUCUCUCAUCAUCGUACUGCUAUAACAAUUUUACUACUUGUGAAGAACACACAAUACUAUAUAUUACUAUGAGUUACCUGAACAGGGUUUGGAUGGCGGCGAGUGUGGCCGUCGUGAACGGCCACUCCGACCAAGGCCACAAGCUCAAGACCGGCCUCAAAUCCAUCCACCACCACGGCAAGAAACGCUUCUCCUCCGACCCGGCUGACCUCCGCCCCUUAUCCGCCGGGUCGGACCUGGCGGCUGGGAGUGGUGGCCACGGAGAGGACAGAAGGAAGCAGGCGGACGAGACGAUACGGCAAGUGAUGUACUUGAACUGCUGGGCCCCCAGCUGAUGAUGAUGAGCCGGUUGGUCGCAGGAGAAGAGAUUCGAGGUCGUUGACCGCGGCGGGAGGUCAAGGUUGGGAGGAGUGGGUUGACUCGGGGAGGGGUGGUGAUCGAGGAGGAGUUUUGGAGGUCAACUCGGUGUGAUGGUGAAUCUUGGGGAUGGGAUGGUCAGUCGUGUAAUAACUAGGUUUUUUUUUUCCCAGUCCUCGAGUGUAAAUUGUGUUGUGUAUCGGGAUGUGAACUUAAUGAAGCUCGGAAAGUUUAUGUAAAAUCUCAAUCUAUGGAUAACUAGUGUGAAAUAUAUACUUUCAAC